AUGAAAAUCUUGGAUGAAUAUGAUCAUUCAUGUAAUCUCACUUAUUUAACAAUUAAUUCCUAUAAUUGUGGUGCUAAUCAAGGUGAAUAUCAAUCAAUGAUCAACAGCAUUUGGAGUUUACCCAAACUCAUUAAAUGUAGUUUCAAUACCUACGUCCUAGCACAUACGGUUUUUCAAAUACCAACAAACAUCCCUUCAUCACUUGAAAGUGCAUCUAUACCUAGUCAUGGACCUGAAUUAAAUCAACUACAUACAUUGAUUGAAUGUACUCCUUGUCUUAAUAGACUUCAUGUGAAACAGAGAACAUUUGGUUUAUCUGAAAAUAUAAUACAAGAACGUGCUGAUAAAUUACUUAAGUCAUUUCAAACUUCAUUUUGGACUAAUCAACAUCAAUGGAUAAAAUUUCCUCUUAAUGAUCAGUUUUGGUCUAUUGUUCCAAGUUUGAAUAGACUGGAAACACUUGUAGUCUAUUCACAUGCUGAUAGUUUUCAAUCUCAAUUGCAAGUUUUACUUGAUCGUGCACCUAACCUUCGUUGUCUAGAUAUCCGUCAAGAUGAAUCAUUAUCUUUACAAAUGUCAUUAUUCCAGUAUAGAACCUCAUCAGUUCGUCAACUCGAUUUCCGAGGUUAUAAUUAUUAUGUCAAUGAAGAAGAAUGUAUUAGAUUAUGUCAUUCACCAUUAUGUAUUCAAUGUGGAGUUCUUUUUAUCAGAAUUAAGAGUCGUCAUAGUACCAUUUAUCUUGUCAAAAAUAUGAUAAAUCUUCGAUCAUUACAUGUUAAACGUGACGAUGAAAAGUAUCAUAAACGAUGA